UCUCAUAAUCAAUGGCCCCGAUUCAGUCCUCGGUUUUAGGUUCUUGUUUUUAUUUAUCUCCCCCAACCUUCGCCGUUUUCUUCUCCACCUACUUGUAUAUCCUUAACCUGCUCCCACAAAACAAAACGCUACUCUAGUCUCUAGUAGUAUCAGAGAAUCAUCAUAAAAAAGAGAAUUAGAAGAAAAAGAUGUUGUUAGGGAAGAGACCUCGUCCUCCAAUUAUGAAGAGAACAACAAGCAUGUCCGAAAUAACCUUCGAUCUGAACACGACCUUGGACGAUGAUCCGAACAAUCCCGUGAAGGGACCAGGAGGAAAUCAGAACAGGGUUUGGGCCAUGGUUUCACCCAGAAACCAUUCCGAGGAUACUACCCCUGACUUCUUGCGCGUUUGCUUUCUCUGCAAACGCCGUUUAGUACCCGCCCGAGACAUCUUCAUGUACAAAGGUGAUAGUGCUUUCUGUAGUUCAGAAUGCCGUGAACAGCUGAUGAAGCAGGAUGAGAGAAAAGAUAAGUAUCGUGUGGGAUCAAAGAAACAAGUUGCGGAAAAGCCUAAUUCUGGGUCUCAAGUUAACAAAGGCGAAACCGUGGUUGCCUUGUAACUAAUUGUGGCAUCGCACGAAGGAUUAUUAUUAUUAUUCCUAUAUGCCCAUGCCCUUAGCUUAUUUAUGUUCAUAUACCUAGGCUUCUUCUUUCUCUUGGAUAUUUUUCAUUUUGUUAUGGCUUUGUUGUAAUUUUUAUCAUUGCGCUUUUGGAAUGUUUUUUUUUUUUUUUUGCGUGUUAAAGGGCAACAUGGGCAAGUAUUUUUGAAGCACGCUGUAGUGGUUUCCGUGGUGUUUUUGAAUCUGAUACGUAAAAAAGAAUGAAAAAGAAAAACUGUAAAUCAUAAUCUGUUUUCUUUCUAUGGGGAAAACUGCUUUCACGUC